AUGGAUAUGCAUACUGUGGUGGAGUACAAAGAAGCUCCUGAAUUAUGUAGUUCUUUGUAUGCAUCUUCAGAUGAGAUAAAAUUCGGUAAUGGUUCAGAUUCGAAGGAUGAUAUAGGUCGAUCGAAUUACCCCGAAUAUUAUGAUGGCAAUGAGAAGAAGAAUCCGCAUCUUGAGGUUGGUUUACUAUUUACUUCGUUUGAUGAGCUAAAAUCUGUUGUGAGGAAUUAUGUGGUGUUCAAUUGGGUUGAUCCUAUCUUCAAGCGAAAUGAUAAAGAUCGAGUUCAUUGUGUCUGUAAAGAUGGAUGCCCAUGGAAGUUGUAG